UCUCUCUCCCUCUCUCGCUGUGUUGUCCUUUAUCUCAUUCUAUCCGCAUCUUCAUCAGGAGCUGAAAUUACACACCGUACGGUAAUCUCUCAGCGCUUAAGCUCUCUUCGGCAGAAAAAUUCAAAAGAGUUGAACGCCAGUGCUAGCGAUGAACCUUUAACGUAUGGGAUGCGUUACUAGUAGAGCUUCCGUCGGCGACAGACGCGUUUUGUUCGGGCAGAUUUAAAUUCGUUCCGUAAGCCAGCUUGUGCGUAGCGGUCGUUAGUGACAAUCACACAUAUGAAAAUGUAAUUACGGCGUACAAAAUCGAUCAAACUUAUCGCAUUUCGUAUUAUAAAAAAAAUCGGCCCAAACUGUUUGCCGUACGUGAUCGCGCGCAGUGUUUAGUUUCGUCGCGCAUCGUAACGUGUGAAACGUGUGAGGUUCUUCUUUUUUCCCGUGCGUGGUUCGCGUAAACUUGCUCUGUUUGUUUGCUUGUGGUCUGGUGUGUCCUCCGUCCGUCUGUCGUUCGCCUUACAACAGUUCAACCCCGGCAACUGGUGGAAUGAGACACGGAAAGGUUGAUAUAUUAAUUUUCUUCCUUCGUACCGUUCCGUUUCGUUUCGUGACCGAUUCGUUCUGUCCCGUCACUGGCAGGAUGCAGAAGCGCUUGGAGUUACACGGCGCGGUCCGUGGCACGGGGCGGGUAUAGUUUGUCAUGCCGUCGGUAAACAUGGCGUCCUCGGUGACAUUGUCGCUGCUCCAUCAUUGUUCUGCGCAGCUUGGCUGUGAACGUCUGGCAGUGUAUUGUCUGUGUGUGUGUUUUUAGUUGCGGUUAACCCAUCCCAGUAAAGUGUGCAGCGUUCGGACAUUUUUCUACAGAUCCGCCCAACACUUAACCUCAUCAAUAACCAGAACCAGAAUAACGAAACCACCUUUUUCUUGUUGGUCGAUCCUCAUAUCAUCCGGGCGCUUCGUAAGCGGAGAAAGAAGGUGAGAAGCGACAACAAUAAACAUUGAUCACGAAUGCCCUUUUUCGGACGAUCUGGGUGAACAAGUCGCCCGAUGCACAAAGAUCGAAAGAGGGAGGAAAACCAAAAUCAAAACAAAAUUAGAUACACCUUACCAGCCAAACAAAACAAGUCGAUCAAACACGGGUUCGAUUAGGGUGAAUCAGUGUUUUUGGGAUGCGGUUUUUUUUUGUACUUAAACCGCUUAAGUGUGUUACCGUUAAAGCAUUACGUUUUACGAGGAUCGAUUGUUAGCUAGUUGGCUGAAUGCUUUCUGUGAGAAACAAGUGUAAAGUGUCAAGUGACAACUACCUGCACCCAAUUAUCUCAUCUCAGCUGUGUAAUUUAAUACUCCAAACAGAAGUUUUGGGCGUCCUACCUGUUCGAAGUGUUUUGUGUUUUUUUAUGUGCUUGUGUCGGUGUCAUGAAGUGUUGUUGUGCAUUUAAUAUGUUCCCGGUAAAGAAAAUCAUCCUUCGAAUCUCUUUAGUUUGCGCAAGUGCAUCUUAACUACGAUCAAGCAAAGUCACAGCAAAAAAGGUCGAUUUGGUUACGUUCGACCAGCGGAUAACCGAAGGCAGAGUUUCAGCUCAGUUCAGCCAAGCAUCAUCCGGCGGCUCUAUUUUUGAACCGGUUCGUACAAAAACGCGUGUGUACGUGCGAGUGUGCGCCUGUGUGCAGGUGUUGCGUUGUUGUUUGUGUGCGUGCUAGAAGCAGCAGGCUGCCUGUAGCAGGAAGCGAAAAUCCCAUCCGAGCAGCAGCAGCAGCAGAAGGCACUAAAGCGCUCGACGAGACGACAAACGCCGUCGUAUUGUGGAAUUACUUGCGCAGAAUAGCAAUUGCGCAAGCAAAGCCGCAGAGGAAGCGAACGGAUUGAGAAGAAUCGUGGCAAAAAGGAAUUAAAAAAAAGUGCAUCUUUUCUGGUUCGUACAAGCGCAACCGAGUACCGACUUCAAACCAGCUUCGAUUACGCAGCGGUUCGCAACGUACGACACAAACACGAACAAAAGAGCGCUAGCCAAAAGGGCCUGCCAGUAUUAUUUCGUUCGUUACGAUUGCGUUUUGUUGGCUCAACCAUCGAUCAGGACAGGCGAUGCGAAACGGGAUCCGGCCGCUCUAGAACCCAGACAUGCAUAAUGAGCCCACCCUGCAGCCUGCGAGGGAGAAACCACUCCCGAACACCGACACCAUCACCAGCACGACUGUACCGAUCGUACCCCACCUCAACGGCAAUGGUGCAGUACCGGAAAACACAACCCGAACGCCACUACACGAGGCAGCAGCCGGUGGGGACGAGACAAAGGUGGAAACCCUCCUGGCUGCCGGUGCCGAUCGAAAUGCCAAGGAAUCGGUGCACGGUAACACACCACUGCACGAGGCCGCCUGGAAGGGAUAUAGCCGUUGCGUAAAGCUUCUUUGCGCCCUGCCCAAGACGAAACCGACCGCCAGUUCCAAAGGGAUCUCGAUCGAUCUGCUAAAGGAUGCGACCAAGAUCAAGCACGCGCUGCACGAUACGAAGGGUGCGCUACACAGUGCCCUGUUGGGUACGCGUAACUUUGGUGGCUUCUCGGCACUUCAUCUGGCUGCGCAGAAUGGUCACAAUCAGAGCUGCCGGGAGAUACUACUCGCCGGUGCCGAUCCUGAUGUACAGAACAAUUAUGGCGAUACGCCACUACAUACUGCAUGCCGGUACGGACAUGCCGGCGCCAUUCGCAUUCUCCUAUCGGCAAAGUGUGACUUCGAGCGGAUUAAUCUGAACGGUGACACUGCGCUACAUAUCGCCUGUGCAAUGGGCCGCCGGAAGCUGACACGCAUUUUGCUGGAGGCUGGUUGUCGGCAGGAUGCAAAAAAUGCUCAGGAAGAAACUCCAAGGGACAUUGCGCAGCGCAAGAAUCUGGUCGAGAUCAUUAACAUCCUCAAUACACCGGUCGAUCUAUCGGCGAGACGAUCGCGGGAACGUUCCAGUAGCAGUUCACAGCACCAACGUAACAAGACCGAGGGUCUAACGAAUGGUGGAGUACAUCAUAAAUCUUCACCCCACGAACCACCCAAUCCGGCGGAACGGCGUUCACGCAGCAAAGAUGAAGCGGGACGAAAAUCUGGCCGUCGCAGCAAUUCCAACGAUGAAGCCGCAACCCGGGCGGAUGCAAUCGAUCCAAAGCAUUGGUCACCGUACGGUUGUCACUAUUUCCCUGAUCCACGCAAUUUUCCCUCACCCAAGCUUGAGACACUGCCGAAGGAACCGCUUUCGAAUGGUGAACAGUACUUCCUGGAUCUGGCCGGUAACAUCCGCAAAGGUCCGGUCGGUGUCGGUAACACGUGCUAUUGUGCGCCGUUCUUUAAGCAUCUGGAGCAGCGCAUGAACCAGAACAGGCGGAGCAUUCGCAAGUACGUGCACCGUGCAACGGAGAAGCUGGAUAGUCGUAUGACCGCACUGGCGAUGCGAACCGAUGACCAGAUUGAGGAGCUUACCAAAUCGAUGAUAGCGAGCCGAGUUCAGUGCGAGAACAAGCGACUCCAUCUGGAGCAGUGGUUGAAGCGAGGUAUCGCCGAGCGGUCAACCACUACAGCUACCUCGGGCGGGUUGGAGCACAGCAACAGCAAAACCAAAAAGGAUGAGGCUAACACUAACACGCUCACGCGUUGCCGAAGUCUCGAGUUACUGGACGAUCAUGAUACGAUGCUACUCGCGGGCGGUGUCGAUGUGCUGGACGAUCAGCUACGGAAGUCGUCCACACCUACCAGACAGCUGUUUUCGCGCAGCAUCGACUUUCUGGAUGCGGCCACCAACGGGGACUCUGACCAUGGCCAUCGUGUACACCGGCAGCAACAUCAACAGCAGCAAGAGCUGGAGAGUCACCUUCGAUUGCUGCAGUACGCUGCCGUUGGUGGCCACCAGUCGGAUGCACUCGAAAGCUCCAACAAUUCAAACAUGAAGAACCAUUCGGAAUCGGCCGAAACGCCUCCGAUACCGGAUGGUGCAAGCAUUCGGAUAACACGCCGACCACGUUCCUCCUCCAUGUCCGGUCGGGACAGUUACUCAUACUCCUCCGAUAACAACAAAGACAACGAUCGUGAAAAACCACCUCGGCUGGUAAAUGGGAUUAAUGAUCCAAAGCUGUUAAAAAAGCGCACCUUACCAACGAUGCCAAGUUCGUCCACCCCGACGUCAGCAAUUUCCUCCAACGGAGGAUCUGGUGCGGUCGCGGCUGGGACAGCAAAGAGUGAAAAAGCCAAAGUCACCGAACGGCUCGAGGAGCUGCUCAGCAAGACGAAGAAAAUCCUCGAGCUGGAGAAGAUGACGAAGGGAGGAUCGGGUGUGGGAUCUUCGCCACUGAUCGGCAGCCAUCCGAACACAGCCAUCACACCGACGACCGACAAUCGUUACAUCCUAGCGCUGGACAAACUGCGAGACAUCCACCAUUACGAACCAUCGGCCAGUGGUGGAACGAAACCGUCGUCGGGACGUUCUGCACGCGAUUCGCCCGGUUACGACAUUGCGCAGGAGAUGGAGAAGAUCACCAAGUCCCUUCUACCUGCUGCACCGGUUUCGCCGGAGAUAGCGAAGGACAUUACGACACGGAAGGAACGUCCAACGACCGUACUGUUCGCGUCCUAUCAGCAACAGCAGCCACCUCAUCCUCACCGGCGUACCACACCGCAAGACUCGUCCCCACUAUCGACGACGCCCCUGUCGACGAUGUCGCCGAGCUCGUCUCUGCUCGGCGGACAGACGGCUCCAUCACGCAGCUCACCAUUCGCAUCGGAUCGGCAACAUCUCGCAUCCACCAACUUUAUGGAAGAUCACGCACCGUGCGACGAACAGAACGUGUCCGCUGCGAUGGGUGUCCUCAUGAAUGGGUUCUACUCAAACAGCUGCUUUGAAGAUGCACCACCGAGUUCCUCGAAUACGACGGUUAAAUCGGCGGGACCUCGUCAACAUCACCCAGUGAUGGACGAUUCAGAACUAGAGCAGGAAGAUGAAGGAGAUGAAGAGGAUGAAGAGGAGGAUGACGAGGAAGAGGACGAUGAGCAGGAUCAGGAAGAAGCAAAGGAGCAACAAAACGAAGCGGAUGAUCAAGAGGAGGAGGAAGCCAGCGAUGUGUCCGAUCGUUGUGAUCUCUCGGCCAUGGCAAAUCUCGCCGAACUGAAGGAACUCAAGAGCCGAAUCCUAAACGGUACAAACUGGCGUAGUCAGGUGUUGCAGAAGAGUGUCCAGGAACUGUUACGAAGCGGUGAAGGAACUGAUUCAAUCGCAGGAUCACAGGAACAAGAUCCAACUCAGGCGGGGGAGACGAAUCGUGUGAAGUACAUCAUCUCGAAACUACAGCAGAGUGGUACCAAUUCCGGCGAAUUAGCCAUCCGCACACAGCACCACCAAGUGCCUCCGAUGGCACGUUGUGAAGAUUUUUCCGAUACCAGCAGCGAAGAGGAUGAGGACGGGACCGAGGGGCGGCAUGAUGACGAUGAGGAUUGUGUUGAUGGACCACCAAUAUCGGUCAAUGGAGUACCGGAACAGGACAAACCGUCUGAAAUUGGCAUUGGGACGGCGAAAAGCUUGAUCCAGCUGUACGAACAAUCUACGUCCUCCACGUCGGCAAACGGCGCUAUCGGGAAAUCCGUGCCGAAUGGUCCAUUUGCGAGUGUUCCCAAGGAUGCUUACUUUCACGAGUUACCUCCGAGGAAGUUGUUACCGGCACCGGAACUUAGUUCCAUGUCCGGUUUGACUUCUCGCGUGCAUCAAACUGCACGGAGUCGUAAUCCGCUGCCAUCGUACCUAUUGCAGGAAGGUGCGGGUGAAUUGUUCCAGCAGCAACCAUCCGAUAUCCUGGACCCGCAAGGAUCUUCCGGGCUAUAUGGACAACAGCAAAGUUACUUUGACGAGCAGCUAACCUUCCCAAGUCAUCAUCCACUUCCUCUGCAUCGAACACCGGCGAUGAGUUCGUAUCCAAUCCCAGCCGAUGGGUUCUUGCCUCCCGUUGGACUGCCGACUCCCGUGAACCAUCAUCAUCCGCACGGUCACAUACACAUGCAGCAGCAACAGCAACAACAGGAGAAGCUUCUAUCGGCCCGGAAGUACAUCAAUCCUUCAUCUGCGGUUUCGCUCGCCAGCACCGGUACACCUUCACCAGAGUUCCCGCUGUAUCAACACCACCAACAGCAGAUAGCGUCCACCAUCACAGCACAACCAGCGUAUCCUUCUGCCGGUACCGCAUCCGUCAUCGGUGGCCAUUCGCAUGCGAUGAUGACAAUGAUGGCCGCCGCCGGUCGUAAAUCGGUCGAUCAGCUAUCUUCCAACGGAGAAGAUUCCGGAUAUGUUAGUGGGAAAGUGAGUGAAAUCCAUAUCCCGAGUGGAGGCGCCAGUCCACUACUUCCCGCCACGGCCAGCAACGUUCUCAUCAUACCACCGCCUGUUUCCUCUUCCUCGUCGCCGAAGCACUUUCUUCCGUACAGCCAUCAUCACCAUCCGCUAGUGACGUCAAUGCACCAUCGCAACGGAACACCUCCCCAUCAUGGGAGUGUGGUAACCUCGAUCGUUCCACCACCGGUAGGAUCUACCGGCCCUGCUGCUGCCGGAUUACAUCCGACAACAGGCCAAACCACUGCUCAGCUACAUGCAGCUGUUGAGCAGAAGCAGCAGGCACUCUACAAGCUUGGUGCUUCCAGCUUAGUUUAGUGGGUCGUUUUGGCUGCGUGUUUUAUGUUUUUUUUUUUGUACAGAAUAACACACGAGGCGUUAUUUUAGAAUUAAAUGCUGUUGAUUAAUCGCUAGUAAUGUAAGCAUAAGGACGAUGCACGGCCGUCGUUCUUUCUCUCUUUCCCCGUAUUAAAUUAUUUUUCCUCCUACGUAAUGUGUAAUUAGCGCUCCGUUACUCGAUGUACGUGUUUUCUCGUUUUAUGAAGCAACAACAAAGUGGCCAACAGGGAAACAAACGAAAUCUCAACGAAAGUUGGUCCAGAAUUGAUAAAAAUAAAGCUCAUUUUUAGCUCGAAGUAUAA